AUUGUGUCUCAAAGCCCAAUUGAGUGAAAUUGUUGUGAGCGAGGCUUAAAUAAGUUUUUCAGUUACCGAAAAUAGGCAGUUUCGCUCAAAGCGUCACCACGUUCACAACGUCGUCGGCUGCGCAGCUCGAAAGCUCUGACAACCAAUAGCCAAAAAUAAAAAAGAGAAAAAAAGUAAAUAAAUAUAAAAAGAUAUAAUUUAAAACUGGCAUAUUGCAACGCCGCGCCGUAUAAAGUAAAUCAUAUUUAUAUAAGUUUUGCAAGUUGUGAAAUUGAUCGCGCUAUUGAAACGCCUUGAGUUUUUGUACGGAUAUCGAAAAUGCUUGAAACUGAGGUGCUGCAACAACCCAAACUUGACGGGCCUGUGUCAAGUACCACAGACUAUGAGUUUCCCUAUACGUGCAGUUUGAGUGCCGAAAUGAAGAAGGUGGCCAAGGAGGAACUGCACGAGGAUGAGAAUAUACGGAGACAGGCGUUGUCACAGUUCCGUGAAUGGAUUGCCAAGCAUCCUCAUAUUAAAAAGUGCCGUACCGAUGCUGUUUUCCUGUUGCGCUUCUUGCGUACCAAGAAAUUCUCAGUUCCCUCAGCCUGUGAGAUGUUAGAACGUUAUUUGACUAUUCGCCAGUUGUUCCCGCAGUGGUUCCAGCAGCUGGACAUUAAUGAUCCGGCAAUUAAUGAGAUCUUUGAGGCGGGUUAUCUUGUACCCUUGCCUCAACGCGAUGCAAGCGGUCGUCAAGUUCUCUUUUCGGUGGCUGGAAAAUUCGAUCCCUACAAGUUCACAUCGGUGCAAAUGGCGAGAGUUCACAGUCUGAUCUGUGAGGCUUUAUUGGAUGAUGAGGACUCCCAGGUGUCGGGCUAUGUGUAUGUGAACGAUGAGAGUGGCAUGAAUAUGGGAUUUGUCAGUCUCUGGUCAUUAACCGAUUUGCGCAGCAUUAUCAAAUGCAUUCAGAACUCAACGCCCAUGCGUCACAAGCAGACGCACUUUGUCAAUAUACCCCAUUAUGCCAAUCGCAUCAUCGAACUGGGCGUAUCCAUGCUGAGUGACAAGCUCAAGAAGCGUAUCAUUGUUCACAAAAAUGUGGAGGCACUCAAGUCGAAAAUAGAUCCCGCCAUUCUUCCCAAGGAAUAUGGGGGCACAAUGCCCAUUGCCGACAUGAUUCGCGAGUUUAAAGUGAAGCUGCAACAACGCCGUGCCGCAAUUCUGGCUCUGGAUGAUAUGCACAUUGAGAUCACCAAGGAGGCAGCCAACUUUGCCGGUAACGACAUCGGAGACAUCGAUGCCGGCGUCGUGGGUAGCUUUAGAAAACUGGAGGUGGAUUAGUGUCCAGCAUUAGGUCUGGCAUUAGUUUAAGUUUAGUCUAAGUCAGAAUACCAUUGAUACAAAUGACAAACCCACACAAACACACACACAAUCAUCAAAAUUAUCGUAUUUCUCUCUAAAAACAGAAUCUUUAAAUUAUGAAAUAUAAAUAAAAUUAUACGCAAA